UUUCCUCCUGGGACUGCACCUAUCAGUAUGAUAAUUGUCACCAGUCUUGUUACUUUAGCGAAUCCUUCUCUCCUCCAUUGUCUUCCUCUCCUUCUCAAGCUCUCUUUUUUAUUUCUUAUUGUUUCCCUGGCGCGUGCCCUGGUAUAGGCAGUUUUCCUCUUCAUCCACCUCCAGCACUGACAUGCCAUCCUUCCAAUAGCCACUAUCAUUCGAAAGUUCUGGUGGCAAGACCGACAAAAUGUGAGCAAAGUACAAAAUCCGAUAAGUAUGGUCAGAGUAAUAAUUGCCCAAAGCACACUAGCCAUACUGGGGUUGCAUGAGGGGUUCACUAGUAGGUCGAUGCAAAACGUACAAUCCAUUAAUAAGCAUUCAUUUAAGGCUGGACAGGUCAUCUCGGUCGAAAACAUUUCCCGCGAGCUUUUCCAAAAAUUUGCUAUGCAAUGA